AUGCCGUUUCAGCGUCGACGCAGAAGUCCACCGAUGCCGUCCAAGCGCCUCCGUAAACAAAGGCAGCAUCUGGUCUGCAUGACAGCAGUCGCCUCAGUGGCUGCCACUGCAGGAAGGCGACUGGCGAAUUCCUUCGUGAUCCCAAAGGGGGCACAUGCGCUUAGUGUGCUCGCAACGCAAGGUUGCCAUGGCUCUCGGCCAAUGACUACCUCGUGGCAGCACCCUGAAGCUAGCAGGGUCAGCGUUUUGACCCGCCAUGUCUUUACAGCAGCCAAUGUGAAGGGAAGCGACCGCCAGGGCAGGUCCAGAGCAGCAAUAGCUGCUGCAGCUACGGCUGCAGGGAUGGCUGCAGGAGGGGUGCUUGUAGCAGAGGGUCCCAGCGACAAGGAACUGGCCUUCUCACAGAUAGCCAAGCUUCCACGACCAGGCUUCCAGACUAUCGGAAGUGCAACGUUCCUGCCUGAUGGAUCGCAUGUGCUCUACUUGAAGAGCUCAGAGUACGGCAGCUUGUCCCGUCAGCUCUAUGCCACCAAUGUUGGCACCGGAGAAACGUUUCCUCUAGCUUGUACACCUCCUGGUGUUGGUGAGGAGAAGGAGCUAAGCUUGGAGGAGAAGCUUCGCAGGGAACGAGCCCGGAUCAUGAACACCGGCGUGACCUCUUUCAAGGUGGCUGGGAAAUCCAAGGGCAGAGUUCUGGUUCCCAUGGGAGGUGCCCUGUACGUGCGGGACGGCAUUGAUCCCCAGGCUGAGUUGAAGCGUUUGUUCGAUCCCACAGAGGCCCCGUUGGGACCGGGCCCCAUCCUCGACCCCCAAAUUUCCGAGGACGGCUCUUUGGUCUGCUUUGUUUGGAAGGACGAGGUCUACUGCGUCCCUGCAGAUGGCUCUGCAAAGCCCCGGCAACUCUCUGCCGGCGCGCGCGGUACUGGCAAAACCCAUGGCCUUGCUGACUUCCUCGCGCAGGAGGAGUUGGACCGCUACGAAGGCUUCUGGAUCUCCCCAGAUGGUGGAAUGGUGGCGUUUGAAGAGGUCACAGAGGCCCACAUUCCACAGUUCCGCAUCAUGCACUCGGGCUCAGCGUCCGUUGGAGACGACGCACAGGAGGACCAUCGAUAUCCCUUUGCGGGUGAUGCGAACCCCAAGGUGAAGCUGUGUGUAGUCGCAGCGGAUUCUGGGGACGCGGCUGCAGGAGCACCCCCGCCCGUCACUAGCUUCGAUCUCACUGGGCCUUUCGGCGAGGACUUGUACCUCGGCCGGGUGCAGUGGAUGCCGGAUGGCUCAAUCAUCGCGCAGGUCUUGAACCGUGAACAAACGGAACUGGCGGUGCUGAAGCUCGACCCGAAGACAGGCUCGGUCGAGACACUCUUCACUGAGAAGACGGAUGUCUGGAUCAACAUCCACAGCAUGCUGAAGCCUCUUGGCAAGAAGGGCCGCUUCCUGUGGGCCAGUGAGCGAACGGGCUUUCGGCACCUGUACAUCUAUGAGCCAGGGGCAGGUGAGCUGAAGCCCGUGACCGGCGGGUCUUGGGAAGUCGAAGACGUUGCUGCGAUUGAUGAGGCCAAGGAAGCUGUUUACUUCAUGGGAACCUCUGAGGGCAACUGGCUCGGCAGGCAUCUAUUCAAGGCCAGUUUGAAGGAAGGGCCUACACAGCAGAUAGUGCAGCUGACUCAAGAGCCAGGUAUGCACAGUGUCGUGGUCGACGCGCAGUGCAAGACAUUUGUCGACACAUCCAGUGCAAUGGACCGUCCCGCAUCGGCAAAGUUGCGCAACUUGCAAGAUGGACGAGAGCUUUGCAUCAUCGAGGACAAGAAUGAGGACCCUCUGAUCGCCAGUCUGAACCUGAAGCCACCUGAGCUGUUCACGCUGCCAUCCACAGACGGGAAGGUGACGCUUCAAGCUGCCAUGUACAAGCCGGAUCCUGCCAAGUAUGGUGACGGUCCAUAUCCAACUGUGGUCUCCUGCUACGGAGGGCCGCAUGUGCAGUUCGUCGCCAACAGCUGGGGAAUGACGGUGGAUCUCAGGGCGCAGGCGCUGCGCAGCAAGGGUUUCUUGGUAUUGAAGGUGGACAAUCGUGGCAGCAACCGGCGGGGCCUGUACUUCGAAUCGCCUCUGAAGUUUGACAUGGGCAACAUCGAGGUAGAGGACCAGGCGGCAGUUGUUCGAUGGUGCGCAGACAAGAAGUUGGCGGACCCAAAGCGAGUGGCCAUCUAUGGCUGGAGCUACGGCGGCUAUCUGAGCGCUAUGUGCUUGGCCAAGGCCGGCGAUGUGUUCAAGUGUGCCGUAUCUGGUGCGCCUGUGACGAGCUGGGAUGGCUAUGAUACGUGCUACACGGAAAGGUAUAUGGGUACACCUUCCAGCAAUGAGAAAGGUUACAAGAGCAGCUCCGUCAUGGAGUAUGUGCAAAACAUCACCGGGGACCUACUGCUCGUUCACGGCCUAAUUGACGAGAAUGUGCAUUUUCGUCACACGGCUCGGCUCAUCAACUCCUUGAUCUCUGCGCAGAAGCCGUACCAGCUGCUGCUGUUCCCAAAUGAGAGACAUUCCCCACGGAGCCAAAAGGACAGGGAAUACAUGGAGGAGCGAAUUUUCGCAUUCAUUCA